CGACCGGUUGGUGUUUCCGGGAAAGGCAGUUCAGGAAACGCCGUGUGGGGGUGCGGUCCCGAGUACGGGCCCGGGUGCUGGAGGUGGGGCGCGGGGCUCACGGUCUGCCCUCGGCGUCGCCAUGGAGGGCGGAGGGCGGCCCUCGCUGGGCCAGUUCAUCCUUCUGGGCACCAGCUCCGUCGUCACCGCCUUUCUGUACUCCGUGUACCGGCAGAAGGCCCGGGUCGCCCAGGAGCUCAAGGGAGCUAAGAAAAUCCACUUGGGUGAAGAUUUAAAGAGUAUUCUUUCAGAAGCUCCAGGAAAAUGUGUGCCUUAUGCUGUUAUUGAAGGAGCCGUGCGAUCUGUUAAAGAAACGCUGAACAGUCAGUUUGUGGAAAACUGCAAGGGGGUGAUCCAGCGACUGACGCUUCAGGAGCACAAGAUGGUGUGGAAUCGAACAACCCACCUUUGGAAUGACUGUUCAAAGAUCAUUCACCAGAGGACCAACACAGUGCCCUUUGAUCUGGUGCCUCAUGAGGAUGGCGUGGCUGUGGCUGUACGAGUGCUGAAACCCCUGGACUCGGUGGACCUGGGCCUCGAGACUGUGUACGAGAAGUUCCACCCCUCGGUCCAGUCUUUCACUGACGUCAUUGGCCACUAUAUCAGUGGCGAGCGGCCCAAAGGCAUCCAGGAGACUGAAGAGAUGCUGAAGGUCGGGGCCACCCUCACGGGAGUCGGUGAGCUCGUCCUAGACAACAACUCCGUCCGCCUGCAGCCCCCCAAACAAGGCAUGCAGUACUACCUAAGCAGCCAGGACUUUGACAGCCUUCUGCAAAGGCAAGAGUCGAGCGUCAGACUCUGGAAGGUUCUGGCCCUGGUGUUUGGCUUUGCCACAUGUGUCACCCUCUUCUUUGUUCUGCGGAAACAGUAUCUGCAGCGGCAGGAGCGCCUGCGCCUGCAGCAGCUGCAGGAGGAAUUCCGGGAACAUGAGGCCCAGCUGCUGAGCCGAGCCUCGCCCGAGGACAGGGGGAGUCUGAAGAGCGCCUGCGUCGUGUGUCUGAGCAGCUUUAAGUCCUGUGUCUUCCUGGAGUGCGGGCAUGUCUGUUCUUGUCGCGAGUGCUACCGCGCCUUGCCAGAGCCCAAGAGGUGCCCCAUCUGUCGGCGUGAGAUCACCCGGGUGAUUCCCCUGUACAACAGCUAGUGUCCCGCCGCGCCCGGCUGCACUUGGAAGCCACCCUCCCCCUGGGGGAUUCGCUCUUGAGGCCUUUCGAAGAACAGCAUGGGGUAGCUCUGCCUCCAGGUGUGACCAGUGGGGUCUGUCCAGAUCCACAUCUUCACCAGCAGGGAGGCUUUCCAGCCUCGGGCUUCAGGAGGAGCCCCCCUGGGUGGGGGCCAGGCCCUGGCAUCUUUUCCUAGGAACCUGAUGGGGGUGUGUGUGACUGAAAACACCCCAUCACCUGAGCACCAGCGCCGGCAAUCUGCUUUUCUGGUGACUCUCAGUUGCUGCAGCCCUGGGGGAGGAAAGGCUGACCCCCAGGGCCUUCCAGAACGGCCUCUGCAGAGACUGCCCUCGCUUUCUUCCUUUCGCUUCUACUGGGGAUAAGGUCUUUCUUCAAAUUGUCAGGCCAGGCAGGUCACUUGUGUCCCUUUCCCCUCACCUGCUUACCUCCCAAGUGUGUGCUGACAUAUGGAGAGGACAAGAGGAGGUGAGGCCGGCACGUCAGCUUCUGUCCACACAGUGGGACGUGGAUUGGCAGAAGGCUAAGAGGAGUCUCGGUCGGUUUGGCAGCCCUCCUCAUAUCCCCACAGAGCCAGGGAGGGGACCAGAGAGCACACCUCUGGCCCUGGUGUGGAGCUGCUAUGGCGGGCGGGCCAGGAGAGCUCUGGGUUUCCCUGCCAGAGGAGGGGCCAGAAAGGCCCCUGCUGAAGGAAGAGCAAGGCACAGCUGUCCUGGCUUCUAGUUCUUGCAGCUUCUCUGCUUGCUUUUGUCUAGGAAAAGUAGCCGGCUGACACCCUGAGCUGUGGGCCGCUUAAGCUUGUUCCCGGGCCCUGGCCCGUGGCACACUUGACAUCCCUGGGGUGUAAUCUCAGCACCAUGUUCUCGUGCCUCCACUCCUCAGGCCCCUGGGCUGAGCCUGUGAGUGCAGGAGAAGUUGGGGAGCAUCCUUCCCUGCCUCUGAGUGGCCAAGAGUUGUGCACACAGCUCUUAUUUCCCUUCUCUGUCCUUGAACUUUCUUCCUCUGCUCCUCGGUGUGGCGGGGAGGGGUACUCUCAGGGGGCUGACACUAGUGAUAAGCAGUGUCUCUUGUGAACAGCACAAAUUAAACAUUGUGGCCAAG